GUCGCUUUCCUGACGAUGACGCUGCUGCUGCUGCCGAACAUCCGAGGCCAGAACUUCAUGUCGGAGGCCCGUGAGGAUAUGUUCUCUGCCACCAGCAAACUCGAGGACUUGCUCAGCCUGGAGGCCGAGAUCGUGAGAAUGGUGGAGAGGUACCUGGAGGUGGCCCAUCAGAGGAUCACCACCAUCAGACGGUACGUGUCAGAGUACCGAAGCCUGACCCAAGGAGCCAGUGAGGGCGGGGGGAUGUCAGCUCCUGCAGGGGAGGUGGUGGCUCACCCUGUGGACGCCUACCUUCUCCUGAAGCGGCUGACAGUGGAGUGGGCCAGCGUAGAGGACGCCAUGACGUUUCAUGCCAACGCUACACAAGAGCUGGUACAGCGUGUGGUGGUGUUCCGCGAGAAGUCCACCUUCCCAGUGAUGGAGGACCUGCACGGGGCGGCGGUGGCUCUGGUCCGCCUCCAGGAUACCUACAACCUUAACAUGUCCACACUGCCGGCUGGAUCCUUCAUUGGCGUCGGCCUCACUUCCCACGAGUUCCAGAGCAGCAAGUCCCUCAACGCCAGAGACUGCCUCUUCCUGGGCAAGCACGCCUUCAAUAAGGGUUACUACGACAAGGCCAUAGAGUGGUUCGAGGCAGCCUUGAACACUGCCAGUCAUGAAGAGAACUCCUCCGCCCCCACACAUGAAAUUGAACCUUUCCUUAAGGCAGCUGUUAAAGUGCACGACGACGUCCUGGAGAAGAGAGGUCCCCGCGGGUCCGACUGGCAGACGAAGGCCGUGCCGGUGGACGAGGACCUCGCCAGCAAGCACAAGUAUCGACAGGUCUCCGACCACAAGUUCCGGCCCAAGCUCUACCAGCACCAGAGUGACGAGGAGCAGGACGACCACUACGCCAGGCUCUGUCGCGGCGAGAGGCUCAGGCCCGUGGAGGUGGAGUCAUCGCUGGUGUGUCGUCUUGUCGGCCACUCCCACCCACACGCCCACGGUUACUUCUCACUGAUGCCGCUUCAGCUGGAGGAGAUGUCGCUGGACCCUUACAUCGUGGUCCUCCACGACUUCCUCACCGAGCGUCAGACUGACGAUAUCAUCCAGAGGGCCAAGCCCAAGCUCGCCACCUCCCGCCACCGGGGCCCUGACGGAGGCUUCAUCACCAGCAUGAUCAGGACCAGCAAAAACGCCUGGUUACGAGAGAUUGAUGAGCCAGAUACGCUGCUGGUGAACCUGAGUAAGAAGGUGGAGAUGACGACGGGGCUGCAUGCUCUCCGGCCGUCCGCCGGGGAGGACUACCAGGUUGCCAACUACGGGAUCGGUGGACUGUACGUGACGCAUACCGACCACCUCAUGAUCAACCCGGACCUCUCCGUCUACACUCCCUGGGAACGGUUCAUGGGCGACCGGAUGGCCACCUUCAUGGUUUACCUGUCUGACGUGGAGGCUGGAGGGGCGACGGUGUUCCCUCGGGCCGGUGUGACCAUCUGGCCCAAGCGGGGGUCAGCAGCCUUCUGGUGGAACCUCUACCGUUCCGGUGUAGGGGACGAGAACACCAGACAUGGCGGCUGUCCGGUCCUCCACGGCUCCAAGUGGAUAUGCAAUAAAUGGAUCCACUAUAACGACCAGUUCCUGCAGCAUCCUUGUGGCCUCAAUACCUGGGAUAAGUUGACGAGCCCCUAGUGCUGCCCACCUUCCACAACCCUUCCUAUACUGCCCACCUUCCACAACCCUUCCUAUACUGCCCACCUUCCACAACCCACACCCCUAUGUUUUUUCCAGUGCCGAUCUCCUCCCUCCCUCCCUCCAUCUGAUGCAGCCCCCCUUCCUAGUGUGUCAAGUGCCGCCCGCCUCCCACUGCACUCCCACCCACUGGCAUCCAUCAGCACGCCCACCUAAUCAUCACCAACUCUCCGUCUUGAACUGGACAAUCACCGUCCUCCUCUUGAUUAAACUCCCACUUGAACAAAAGAAACUGCAUUAAUUCAGGAUAAAAUGGCCAAAGGCUAUUUCAUUUCCCGGCCAAAUGGCCGGGAUUAUAUGACUUUGCCAUAUAAUCCCGUGCCCGGUGACUAAGGGAGAAAAUAGUGAUGAUUCACAUACACUGGAAAGACUGUAUACGAGAUGGUAGCUGAGUGCGUGUGACCACCUUCACGGAAACCAUUCAGGUCAUGAAGAACACACUCGAGUACCUGUGAACAUAUCUUGGCAGACAUGACAUGCAGUGACAUAUGCAGAUGUUAUCCUAGUCAAGAAUACAAGGCAUUGAUGUUAUGAUUCAGUGUGACAAGAUAAAACGUUUGCAGGUAAUGAUAGUAUUGAGUUUAUAACGAGUGAAGCACUGAACAUAAUCCUCAGUGGGCACCAGAUGAGUCAUAGCCCAGUAUAACAGUGAGUGCAUGACAGUGCCUUAGUUUAGCCAACUAUAACUAUUCUAUCUUAUUUUGCGGGAAUGAAGUAUUUGGGGACGGAUGAGUCCGCCUUACUCAGCACGCAACACGGAGAGCUGAGUCAGUCUGACUCAUAAUUAUUAACUAAACGCUGCUACUCUGGCAGGAGCCUCUUCCUCCGUGUGUGAAAAACAUUACGGGCUAUUCAUGCCCGUGCCACCUCUUGGAGUGGCUUCAUCAUCAACCAUCUGUGAAAAAACAAACCCAUUCUCCAAACUUAUAGUAUGGGCAGCGUUUUGAGCUACUGGUAUUACGUUGGUUAGGUAAACAAAUGUCAACCUUACUUAACCUCUUCUGGGCCUAUUAUAAUUUAUUCGAGGACUAUUAUAAUAAAAAUCCCUAGGGCCAUUAUAAACAAUCCUAGAGCCAUUAUAUGGAAGCUUCGGCCUAAUCUAAAACAUGUACUAUACAUGACCUGUGAAAGCGUACUUGUUACAUUCUUUAUCGGGUCAUUUACAAUGGCAAUUGUACACGACGGAUUUUUUUUGGGGGGUGGGGGGGGGGUAGCACCAUAGUUUUUUUUUGUACAUACUCCACAGUCGCAAUGGGUACUAUCAUUCUUAGAGGAUAUGCUGCAAUGAAAAUAUUUCUCAGUCGAUUACUUUCCAUUUUUCCCCAAACUCCCUUCGUUCACUUGCUAUGUUGAAGCGCACCUUGCUACAUGCUUCACACACCUACUGUAAAUACAAAUGGAUGCAGCUUUAAUGACUGUAGUUUGAGAGCGGGUUGUUCCUCUGAGUCAGUCUUACUCAUAAUGUGAUGUGGACAGAUGAGUCAGCCGUACCCACCAUGUGAUAGACAUCAGAGUCAGUCUUACUCACAUGUAAUUGUGAUAUGAAUGGAUGAGUUAAUCAUACUCAGCGUGCGAUACGCGUGGCUGAGUCAGCCUUACUCAGCGUGUGAUAAGAGCAUCCGGGUCGGUCUUACUUUCCAUGUGAUAUGAACGGAUGAAUCAGCCUUACCCUGCGUGUGAUAAGGUAAUAUACGUCAGCCUUAGCCAGCGAGUGGUUUGGUAUCCUCCCUUGAACCAGCCAUGACUUACACUCUUGCACUCAUUCUAAUCAUUUCUCGGUUCAUGGUUCUUCUGUACUGCCAUACACGACGCCAAGCUUGUACACAAGAGGUGCCCUCAGCAGGUGACACAAGAGGUGCCCUCAGCAGGUGACACAAGAGGUGCCCUCAGCAGGUGACACAAGAGGUGCCCUCAGCAGGUGACACAAGAGGUGCCCUCAGCAGGUGACACAAGAGGUGCCCUCAGCAGGUGACACGAGUUGGAUUGCGUCUCCAAAAUUAUAUGUGACACUGUAACACAACAUAUCACAAACCGUAGCAUAUCAACAAAUGACAUCACGAUGAAACAGAAUAACUUCACAUAAAAUCACAUAAUGUAGCAUAACACACACUGUAACAAUUAUUCGCUAAUAUGACAUACUACAAACAACAUAUACUUUAUAUUGAAAACAACAACACAGUUCAAGAAAAACUGUGCUCAUCUAGUUCCUAUAAAUGUAUUUUUCUGAUACAGUAUAUAUACAGUAUAUAUAUAAAAUGAAUGUAUGCGUGUGUACGACACCUUUUAAAAUUAUGACUACUGUACAGCAAAAAAAUAAAUAUAUAUUGUACAUUCAUAUCAUUCAUGGAUACAUAAAAUAUAAAAUAUGCAUAGUGUAUAAUUUUGUGUUCCCCCAGUGCAAAAAUAAAGGUUUAUCCCCAUGUAUACGAGUUGGGGGAAUUAGAUUGAACAUACUAUCAUUACUUCAUAUUUUAUAUUACACGUCUCUUAAAAUAUUUUUUUAUGUG